CUCCUCUUCUGCUCGUCAAGCUCCGCGUGACGUGAUGUCGACGGAAGGGGCGGGGAGUGAGGCUCGCCGGGCGGAGGCGGAAGCAGGAAGCGCGUUGCUGAGAGAAAGACGAAGACCCAACAGGUAUCCGGGACGGACACGUCUCGCCCUGUUUUGCGCUGUCGCUUGACGAGGCCCGGACCUGAAGCGCCAUCAUGUCCAAUAUGGAGAAGCAUCUUUUCAAUUUGAAAUUUGCUGCCAAAGAGCUUAACAGAAAUGCUAAAAAGUGUGAUAAAGAAGAAAAGGUUGAAAAAGUCAAAAUUAAGAAGGCAAUUCAGAAGGGUAACACAGAAGUGGCAAGAAUCCAUGCAGAAAACGCCAUCCGGCAGAAGAACCAAGCCAUCAACUUCCUGCGCAUGAGCGCCCGGGUAGAUGCUGUGGCAGCAAGAGUGCAGACGGCCGUCACAAUGGGCAAAGUAACGAAAUCAAUGGCUGGAGUAGUUAAAUCAAUGGAUGCUACAUUGAAAAGUAUGAACUUAGAAAAGAUUUCUGCCCUGAUGGACAAGUUUGAACAGCAGUUUGAAACCUUAGACGUUCAGACAGCACAGAUGGAAGACACCAUGAGUAAUACUACUACCCUAACAACACCACAAAAUCAAGUAGAUAUGCUUCUUCAAGAAAUGGCGGAUGAAGCUGGGCUUGACCUGAAUAUGGAGCUACCCCAGGGACAAACGGGCUCUGUUGGCACAAGUGUUGCUUCAGCGGAACAGGACGAGCUCUCACAAAGACUGGCACGUCUUCGUGAUCAAGUGUAAGAAGGAGUCAGAUCUGCGGUUUUGUACAUAUGCUUCCAAAGCAUUCUCUGUACAUAUUUUGUGGCCUGGCUAGGAUUUCUGUCAAGAUGUUUAAAUAACACACUAAUGAACACCUAUCUUUUUUUUUCUUUGCUGCUGCGCUUUCUAAAAUGCAUUUAACUCAGUAGUGUGCCAUAAGUGCAUUUUCUAGUUCUGUAUAGUACAUUUUGAAGCUGAAGGUUAUAUUUUUGCAAAUCUCUUUUUCAAUGAUUAAAAUGUCAGUUUGAUUGGGUGUCACAGCAGAUAAUCAAGUGGGAAGAACAGCUUGUAUAAUUUUAAGUUAUAUAGCAAGUUUUUAAAUUAUGGAUAAUGUUUGCAAUUAAAUUCCUGAGAUGGUGUAUGUGGUUAACGUGGUGUCACAUUUUAUUAAUUAUCAAUUGGAUGGAAUGUAUUUAUGUGUGUAUCCACCGGUAUUACAUCACUGGAGAAUCUCUCCAAAAGAAGCAUAUUUGUGGUGAGAUUUAAAAUCAAGCAAUAGUUAUGCUGUCCUCAUAACUUAAAACUUAUAUUGAUAUCAGCACUUCAGUACCAAAGGAAUAAAAUAUAUUUUUCAACA